AUGUCAUCGUCUUCCCCAUCUCAGAAUUCGGCGAGUUCUUCACCAUCUCAUAAUUCUGCGAGUUAUGUCCGGAGUGUUGUAGGCCUUACAAUUAUCAGCGCGAAAUUAAUACCCGGUCUAGAAGUCGCUGCAACAAUCGCCCAAUCAAUCGAUGAGCAAGCAAGGAAACUUAAAAAUAAUCGAGAAACUUGUAAGGCACUAGUUGAGCAAGUUCGAAUAAGCCAAACAACUUUAGAAAAAUAUAAACCAAAUUAUGACGACUUUCAAGACGCUUACAAGCAGUAUAUUGAUAUCCUGAAAAAAAUAGAAGACUAUAUUAAACAACUGAGAAAGCCUGGUAAUUUUAGUCGACAAUUUAUAAAUAAAAUAACGAGAUAUAUACACGCUAAAGAGGAUGAAGAAUUGCUAAAACAGUUUAUGGAUACAUUAACCCAAGCAACCAACGCAUUCAAUUUAGAAGUGAGCGUACAAAUGUAUAAUGAAAUAUCAAAAAUGUCUACACAAAUGCAUAAACUAGAAAUCUCACAUAUCGUUAAAGGACUUGAUGCUCGUCCAUCAGAUAUAGAGAAAACGAGAAUUAAACCAGAUUUAAUUGCCAAUGAUCCGUCAAAGGAAAAGGUUGUCAGAGGCAAAGCGUUAGUAAAGAAAAUGUAUCGUAGCCAACCAGUUGCUGUGAGAAGAACGGUAGAUGAAUAUUCUAGGAUUGAAAAAGAAUUGAAAACUAAAUUAGACAAAGAAGCAGUCAUUCGGAAAUUGUUAUCUGAUUGUAACAAUAUCGAAAAAUUCCAUGGCACCGUUGUUGACUCUAACUAUUUAAGUAUUGUCACCGAAUGGGCUGAAAAUGGUAAUCUUUGUGACUAUUUGCAAAAGGAGCCAAACAUUCGUUGGAUUGACAAGUGGAGAAUUGCAUCAGAAAUCGGAAAUGCCGUAAAUAAAAACGUAUUAUUGGAUGAACACCUGACUGCAAAACUCUCAAAUUUUGGUACCAGUAGAUUAAUAGAUCAAUCUACAACCACUAUUCCUGGAUUAAGAGAUGGACUCGAGUGGAAAGCCCCCGAGAAAAUUCGAUCAGAGGUUGAAAGGAGAAAACAUGACGAAGAACAGAAAAAGACCAAUAACAUAAAAUAUGACUUUAAUAAAAAGACGGGUAAAAGGAGAAAAAUUUCCGAUGAAGAAAAGAAAGAGAUAAAUAAUAUAAAACACGAACCGCUUCCUUUUAAUAAGCAAAUGGAUGUGUAUAGUUUUGCAAUUACUCUUUGGGAAUUGGCUGCAAAUGGUAAAAGUCCAUUUUCCGAAAUCACAAGUUCAGAACUAGAAGAUGCAAUAAUUGCAGGAGCACGUCCAUUAAUCCCAGACAACACUCCACCAAAAUUCGAGGUAUUCAUAAAAGAAGCAUGGGACAAUAAAGGAGAUAGAAGACCGAAAAUUGAUGUAAUCGCCACCAACCUAGUUAAAAAUUAUCAAUUGCUUAAAGAAAAUUAUCAAACAAAGAAUUGUCUUACAAUUCCUCCUUCGACUCCUCAAAGAUCUCUUACACCUGAAUUAUCUCUUUCUGAAACAGAGAAUAAACCUCUAAAUCUUUCUAGUAGAACUUGUCACUUGAAGGAACACACAAACUGGUCGUGCCAUGAGUUUUUGGAUAUCCACCGUGAUUUUAUCGUCAAUUCGUCACCGUCUUCCAAUGAGUGGAAUGAUUUCGACGGUAUUUGGUUUAAGCGAUUUUUGAAAGAGGCAAACGGACUUAACCAAACGGAUUUGCAGCUUUUAGGAGAAGACUUUGAACGUUCAAACAAGGAUUUGCAAGCCUAUUGGGAAGGAAUAAUCAAAGAAUGUAGCAGGAAUGCACCAUUGAUUAAUGCACAAGGCAAAGAUAUUUGA